AAAGAUUCAAUCACUCAAAUCUCAGCCAAUUUCUCUCGGCCUCCCAUCUCAAACUAGUCGACUUCUUCUCCGACCACCUGGACUCUUCAACCCUCAAAUCUCAUCUGGUUCAAGCCCGCGCUCUUCCUUUCGCCGGACUUCGACUCCGAUCAGAGCGCCAGUCCCUCAUCAACCGCCGUGGUGCGCAUGUGGGUGUGAAAAAUGAUUGGGAGCUACAGAUAUUUGCUAAAUCUGAUGCAUUUUUUAUAAUUUGAAGUUUAAAAAACAAGUUCCAAUGGCCAAGAAAUCAGUACCACAACCAAAGCUAACAAAGCUUUCUGUCUACCUUUACAUACCUAAUAUAAUUGGGUACAUUAGGGUUCUUAUGAACUGUUAUGCUUUUGCCAUAUGCUUCUCCAACAAAUCACUUUUCUCCAUUCUCUAUUUUGCCAGCUUUGUCUGUGAUGGAGUAGAUGGUUGGUGUGCUCGCAAAUUCAAUCAAGUUUCAACAUUUGGAGCCGUUUUGGACAUGGUAACAGACAGGAUAAGCACUGCAUGUCUCUUGGUAAUUCUGUCACAAGUCUAUCGGCCUGGAUUGAUUUUCCUGUCGUUGCUUGCCUUAGAUAUUGGUAGCCACUGGCUGCAGAUGUACAGUACAUUCCUACUUGGCAAGGCUAGUCACAAAGAUGUGAAAGACAGCACUAAUUGGCUUUUCAGAGCAUACUACGGGAAUCGGAUGUUUAUGGCUUACUGUUGUGUGGCAUGUGAGGUGCUUUAUAUCAUUCUAUUUCUUGUUGCAAGGAACAAAUCUGAGAAUUUGAUUGAUGUUUUAAUGGGUCUUGCACACCAUAUUACACCUCUUUCUGUUCUAGUUGGUUUGAGUUUAUUUGGAUGGGCUGUCAAACAAGCAGUCAAUUGUAUACAGUUGAAGACAGCAGCAGAUGUGUGUGUGCUUCAUGAUAUCAACAAGAAGCACAGCUCAUAAUGCUUAGCAAAUAACUGGAGGUGCAUUCUACAUUCAGCCUUGCUGCUCAGUUGUUCUAAUUCAAAUAUGUAACAUUAGCAGAUGGGUUUGCUAAAUUCUUGUGAGACAUACACUGAUGAAAAAGUU